AACAGAGAAGGAAGCGAAAACGACGACGGCAACAACACUCAUGCAGGCAUAUUGUUAGAAGUUCUGUUUUACUAACGUCCAACAGCGCUUACAGCUAGUUAGGAACACGAAAAGCGAGGUAGCAAUGCGCCUGUUUUAAACUAGCAGUUAAGUUACUACGACAUUUCUAAGUGGACUCGUGCUGACAGCAUACAAUAAGGAUGACCCAGUGGGAGAGACUGAGGCAGCUUCCUGUUGUGUACGGACAGCAGUUGCAUGAGCUCUAUGACAGGGAUGCUUUGCCUAUGGAUGUUCGGCACUACCUGUCAGCCUGGAUAGAGAAGCAGGAGUGGCAUCGAGCAGCGCGGGAUCAUGAUUUGGCUGUGGUGCUGUUCCAGGUCCUGCUGGAGAAUCUGGAUAUCCAGCACAGCCGCUUUGUCCAGGAGGAGUCGUUCUUACUCCAGCACAACAUUAGACGCUAUAAACAGAACUUUCAGAGGUACCUGGAAGACCCGUGUGCUUUGGCAAGCACAAUCCUGUGGUUUUUGGAAAAAGAGAAGGAAAUCCUGCAGAGUGCUGAUCUGGCUGAGCAGGUCCAGUUUCUCCGCGUAGAGCAGGAAGCCAUGGAGACAAGCAGCCAGCAGGACUUUGAACGUAAAAUGGCUGGCCUCAGGAAUGAAGUGCAGUGCAUGGAACAUACAAUGAUAUGUCUGGAGGAGCAGCAAGAUGAGUUUGAUUUUAAAUAUCAAACCUACAAGAUGGAAGCUGUGGUAGACGAGGCUGUGAAGAAAGAACAAAUGAGAGUAUGUCAGUUACUCAUCAACAGACUGAAUGAAUGUAAAAAGAGCACACUCUCAGACCUAAGUAAGCUUCUGGACAAGACUGAGGACCUGAUCGACAUAUUGGUGAAGAAAGAGCUGGUGGAGUGGCAGAGGAGGCAGCAGAAAGCCUGCAUUGGUGCUCCAGACAAUGUUUGUCUGGAUCCGCUUGAGAACUGGUUUACCUGUAUGGCAGUGUGUCUGUUCCAGGUACAGGAGUUUCUUAGUAAGCUGGAGGAGCUGGUUGAAAAAGUGUCCUAUGCCAAUGACCCUGUGAAGGCCAAAAAACCUGCACUGCAGAGGAGAGCAGAUACUCUUUUAAAAGACUUACUCAAGAGUUCCUUUGUGGUCGAGACUCAGCCAUCAAUGCCUCAGGGGAAAGGACCCCUAGUGCUCCGCACAAAUGUCCAGUUCUCUGUCAAGACCAGACUUCUCGUUAAGUUUCCUGAGCUGAACCACUCCAUGAAAGUGAAUGUGUCCAUGGACAGGGAGGCUCCUAAGAUCAAAGGAUAUCGCCGAUUUAAUGUUCUGGGGACCAGUACCAAGGCCUUGAACAUGGCAGAGAGCCAGAGUGGGGGCAUGGUGGCAGACUUCAGACAUCUGACUCUGAAGGAGCAGAAGUCUGGAGGUGGUGGCAAAGGAGUCAGUGAUAUUUCUCUCAGUGUCACAGAGGAGCUUCACAUCGUCUACUUCAACACUGUAUUUGAGCAUAAGGGCCUGUCAGUUGAGUUACAGGCCUCCUCCCUCCCAGUGGUCAUCAUCUCCAACUCCAGCCAGCAGCAGAGUGCCUGGGCAUCAGUCCUCUGGUUCAACAUGGUCAGUCUGGACACCAAGGACGUCAUGUUCUUCGCCAACUGUCCUGCAGCCACUUGGCCGCAGUUUGGAGAGAUGCUGAGCUGGCAGUUUCUUUCUGCCACUAAACGUGGUCUGAAUGAUGCUCAGCUGGAAAUGAUUGCAAACAAACUCUUUGGAAGGAUGCAGAACUAUGACAACUGCACAGUAGCUUGGUCAAAAUUUAGCAAGGAGAGUACUCCUGACACUUUCUGGGUGUGGUUUGAUGGCAUCUUGGUGAUGGUGAAAACAUACCUUGAAGACCUGUGGAGGGAUGGCCACAUCAUGGGGUUUGUGAGCAAAGGCAAAGAGAAGUCCCUCCUGAAGAAAAAACAGAGAGGCACAUUCCUGUUGCGCUUCAGUGGAAGCGUCAUUGGUGGAAUCACCUUCUCUUGGGUGGAAACCUCCAUAACCGGUGAGCCUGAUGUAAAGACAGUCGAGCCCUUCACCAAAGUUGACCUUUGCCAGAUACCCUUCCAUGAAAUCAUCAGGAAUUUCCAGAUCCUCGAAGCUGAAAAUAUCCCAGAAAAUCCUCUGCUUUACCUAUAUCCCAACAUCCCUAAAGAUGAGGCUUUCGGAAAAUACUACUCUGAGAAGAGUGGUGAUGACAGUCCUUACAUAAAGUACAUCAAAACCAAGCUGAUGUUUGUUUCAAAGGAGAACACACUGGAGGCUAGGUCACCCAUGUCCUCUGACAUGGCACAGGGUGAAGGCCUGGAGGCAAUGAAUAGCCUGUGUGGAGAGGCAGCUGAACAAAACGGGAAUCCUCAGCCUCUGAACUCACCUCUGGAAAUGUGUCACCCUGAUCCCAUGCUGUCUGACACUGUUGCAGCCCCAGAUGAGUUACUGAUGUAUCUCAACAACCCUAACCUCUUCACUGACUCUGACAUCUUGCAAGAUGAGCCAGGGCUGCCUGAUUUCAGUCUUCAAGGAUUUAAUUGCCUGCCCCCACAAUCCUGUGGAAGCAUUUUCCAAUAAGCCACUGUUGUGCAUACCAAACCACUCUAUCACUCAUCAUCAGCUUUUCUUUCAGCUACUUAUGUUAAAACAUCCAUGUCACAAAAUUGUAGUGCGUGUAGCAAAUCCAGUGUUAAGGUAAAAUUUGCUUUGAAUGCUGUUUGACAGCCCCUCUGCUACUCUCGUCAGCUUUUAAAUGCUUGUGUGCAUAAUCAUUAGAACAUGACUUUUAGAAUUGCUGUUUAUCAUGUUGUACUCUUUUCAAAAAUUACUCAAUGAGACUAUUUUAAGUAGAGAUAAUUGAAGAAGUUGGGCUGGCACCUAUACUAGACCCCUGACCUAUCAUGCAUCAUGAACUCUUAUGCAUAAAAAGAUGUGCACUCUGGGACCCUUUUGAGUUAUGAUUAUGCAUCAAAGGAAUGCUAUAAAACUGACCAUUGAAGCAGUUGUGAAGAAGUUAAUAUGAGGUAUCCUAGAAUACGUUAGAGACUGCACAUAAUUUAUUGUUUCAACAUUUGUAAUUAUAAUGCUGCCACCUACAAUUUGUGACAAACUACUGUAACAAGGCACUUCCUUUAAGUUAUAUACUUUUAUAUUAACCUGCUCAUUUCAAUUACAGUGAAAUGUUAUCACCAAUAAAAGAGAAAUGACUGGU